CGUAAGUGAAAGUAGAAUCUAGUCUAGAAUCUAGAUCUAUAUCUUGACCUAGGCAAAGUGAAGUGAAAUAAUAGCGAAAGUUGAAUAUGGUUGGCUAAGGUGAAACUAUAAAGACAGAUGGAAAAUAUAUAUCAAGCAUGUUUGUUUAUUUUUCAACGGUCCACUCAAAGAACUUUACUUGGCCAUUAUUUCCUCAAUCCCCCCACUGCGGCAGUAAAAAGUUUGAGUCAAUCUACAUCCACCUUUAUCCAGCUAAAGAGCAGAAAAAAAGAAUGCCUUAUCUCCCCUCCAACAGUGCGGUGUUCCUCGACUCAUGAAAGCUCCUCCGUACAAAGCCCGAGUUACUUGGAUGCUAGAGACCCUAGUAUUAUGAACAUACUAGUUCGUGAUAUGAAAGUGCACAACGACUUUCUGUCAGAAGAAGAAGAAACUUCUUUGCUAGAUGAAGUGGAGAGAAGUUUGAAGAGACAGAGGUACCUCACUGAUCACUGGGACGAUGCUAUCCAUGGCUACAGAGAGACAGAAAAGUUGACGUGGAGUGAGAAAAAUACAAAAAUCAUUGAGCGCUUUCGUCAACAAGUUUUCAGCAAGGACGAUGUCCCUCUCCCUCAUGUACACAUCUUAGAUAUUUCUAAAGAAGGCUUUAUUAAACCACAUGUGGAUGCUAUUAGAUUCUGCGGUGAUACCAUCGCUGGCCUCUGCCUACUUUCAUCUUGUGUCAUGCGGCUGGCUCUGGAGAAAGACAGCUCUAAAUAUGGCGAUGUGUACCUACCUCGUCGCUGCUUAUAUGUCAUGAGGGGUAGGGCAAGGUAUGAGUUGACUCAUGAAGUCCUGAAAAGUGAGGAGUCUGUUUUGUAUUUCAGGGGUAGGGCAAGGUAUGAGUUCACUCAUGAAGUCCUGAAAAGUGAGGAGUCUGUUUUCAAACACCAGAUAGUCCCACGAGACCGGCGGAUUUCCAUCAUUUGUAGGAAUGAACCAGAUGCAGUUGAAUAAUUUCUAUCUACAGUCAUAAACAUUCCAGAAGGAUUAAUAUGCAGCUGGUCUUAAAGAAAUUUGGCUACACAGAUAGAAACAAUGCUGUGUUGACCCCACCUGUUUUGACCCCACCUUCAUUGAUCACCAAAAGAAAAUUAGUACCAAAACAAGCAGUCAUUGAACUGUUCUAAUUUGGUUUUGGCAUAGAUCUAUAUAUUUCUAUGGUGCCAUCCUUAUGGCCUUGACUAAUUCUGACGUUGUAUAGUUUGUCAAAUCUUUGAUGUCUAUAAUUAUAGUGCUAACUUAAAAAUGUGAUUUGUUACUGUUGAAAAUUAUGAAAAAGAAUAACAAUUCUUAUUUGAUGUAUAGUGUAUUUGAUUCAAAGCUUAUUAUUAUAACUAUUUAUAUUUUUUUAAUUUUCUAGUUUUUUUUUUUUUUUGCAUUAAGAUAAUGUAAAGAUGUAAAAUAAAAUCAUGAGAAAGUUUAGUAAGUCAAAAGAUAGUAUACAAGUACAAAGCUAAUCCUCACCCUUCUGUUAUAUAGAUCGCAAUCAACUCAUCAUAAUACAAAUUUAAGUUUAAAAAUAAAACCAAGAAAAAGUACGUUGGGGUUUAAAUAUGGAUAUUGUAACUUCAAAUUAAAAUAAAAACUUUUUAAAAUGUCCAAAAAAUACAUGUUGGCUGAUGUUUGAUUAGGUUUCUAUGACAACAAACUAAAAGUAUACUGCAAGCUGUGAGAUAAAAAUGUCAUGUAAAAGACCGUGGUUUUCACUUGGUUCACAGAAACAUG